AAGGGUUUUUAAUCUACUUGUAUUUCUCUGCUUAGAUGACAGAUCCUGGCAGAUACCUCCAAAGCCUCAGGAAGCUAAGGGACUAUGCAGCAAAGGGCUGCUGGGAAGCACAGAUAGCCUUAGCUAAAGCUUGUGGGAAUGGAAACCAAUUAGGAUUAGAAAUGAAAUCUUCCACUGAACUGGUGUCCCAGAUCUUUCAAACUUCCGUGCCUGUCAGCAAGCAAAGCAUCUUCACUGUGCAGAAAGGAAUGAAUGAAACAAUGAGGUACAUCCUSAUUGACUGGUUGGUAGAAGUGGCCACCAUGAAAGACUUCUCCAGCCUCUGCCUUCACAUGACAGUGGGAUGUGUGGACCGUUAUUUGAAGCUGAGACCUGUACCCCGGGCUCGACUCCAGCUCCUGGGAAUUGCCUGCAUGGUUAUUUGCACACGUUUUGUCAGCAAAGAGAUCUUGACGAUACGGGAAGCUGUGUGGCUAACGGACAACACAUACAAAUACGAAGACCUUGUCAGAAUGAUGGGCGAGAUCAUUUCUGCCCUAGAAGGAAAGAUAAGGAUACCUACUGUUGUGGACUAUGAAGAAGUAUUGUCACACAUAGUCUCGCUGGAGAGAAGAACCCUUCACCUGUGCAGCUUCAUUUGUGAGCUGUCCCUUCUGAACACCAGCCUCUGUGUGUACUCGCCGGCGCGCCUGGCUGCCGCGGCGCUGCUGCUGGCUAGGCUCCUGCACAAGCAAGCGCAUCCCUGGACAAGCCAGCUGUCUGAAUGCACUGGUUUCUCUUUUGAAGACCUCCUGCCGUGUGUGCUCAGCCUCCAUCAAAAAUGUUUCCAUGAUGAUGUCCCAAAGGAUUAUAGGCAAGUGUCUCUAACUGCGGUGAAACAACGAUUUGAAGAUGAGCGUUAUGAAGAAAUAGGUAAAGAAAAGAUGAUGAGUUACAGCCAGCUGUGUUCAAUGUUGGGUGUGAAGCAGGAGGACCCGGAGCCCAGCCCCAUGCACGCAAAUAUGGUGGAAAUUCAGACUUUCCUUAGUUCUCCCUCUGGAAAGAGAACUAAAAGGAGGAGGGAAGACAGCAUUCAGGAUGACAGAGGCAGCUUUGUGACUACACCCACAGCUGAGCUAUCCACCCAGGAAGAAAGUCUCCUAGACAACUUCCUAGACUGGAGCUUAGACUCCUGUUCUGGUUAUGAAGGAGAUCAGGAAAGUGAAGGCGAGAAAGAUGGAGAUGUGACAGCUCCCAGUGGCAUCUUGGAUGUGACUGUGGUCUAUGUGAAUCCAGCUGACCACUGCUGUCACGACUCCAGUGACGAGGAGAACGGAGCUGCGGGCUGGUGUGAGCACACGGUGCCCCCAAGCGAGGCUCAGCUGCCUGAUGACACCCGUGUUCUUCCAGCAUAUCUCACCCCAAGAAACCCUAACCUAGAGGGCAGCUCAGGCUACUCCUCUGUCAACAGCACCAGUCCUACAUCUUCUGCAGAAGGCAGCUUUGGAGCACCCCUCAAACCUACCUCAGCGCUGUCCCUUGGCAGCGCCACGAACAAGGGGCCGUGCCAGCCCCACUACUUGAAGUCACGUUUACAGCCGGCCAGCGCUAGGCCCAGCGACGGCAAGUGCGACAGAAGACAAGUCAAGCGCAAGAACAUUGCAGAACACAGUGAAGAAAGGGUGAACCUGGCUCUCUGAUUCCACRCUGUUUACUUCUAGAGGCUUCCUGGAAACAGUAUUUCUGUGUAGUCAUGCAGGGUGGUAGUGAAUAAUUGUCAAUACCUCCACCGUGCUCCCCCUCCUGUCAGCUUUGUCUAUGCCUAUCAUGGUCUGCAAACCUGUCCUGUGUUUCUGUAGCUCACUUCUGGGCCAUUUACUUUCUUGAUAGCUGCCCUUUUUUAAUGUAUUCCUUAUGAUGUUAUCCUAUGCAAAUUAAGACCCUUCUUUGAGCAUGAAAUUUGCAGUUUCUUAUCAUGCUUCUCCAGUUAAUCCGUGAAAGCAAAAUACUUGUCCUGCACCUCACUUUGCUGUGAGACCUGGCCCUCAUUUUUAAAGAUGCAGCUUUGGUUACCAGGUUAGGCUACUGGAUGUAACUCUAUGCUUGAAGUCUUCCCUCUGAAGACCUGUUUGAGGCUGUUACCUUACUCUUCCUGACAUGCUAUGUUACUCAGCUGGUGCUUUCCUAAUCUCUGUGUAUACCACUUGCUGCACUGAUCUAAGGGUUUUUUUUAAAUGGAUAUAAUCAAGAGGUAUAUGAAGGCUCUCUGCAGGUCUUUUUGUACGUAUGUGUGUGCGUGGGGGGGGCGUUUCUUAUUUUUUCCUUAACCUACCUCUCGCAUGGUUUUAGUCCCGUUUGCCUCAGGCCCUAGUUGCCAUGUGUUCCCCUCACCUGAAAAACUGCCCUUCUGUGCCUUAAAGCUUCACUGCCUGAGCGAGCAGUAACAUGAGCUCUGUGAACUGUUAGAUGCUGGACUAGAGGUUAAACUGUCACCUCCAGCCUCUGCCUGGACUUAGUUUCCUGUCUUGCACCGUCUUCCUUGCUCUUUUCAAACACGUCUCCUCAAGGAAAGCACAAGCACCCCUUGAACACUAGAACUGGAGGCAGCACUGCAAAAAGAGCAGGUCGUAUUUGUUGAAAGCUCUAACUUAAACCUCACUACUUCAUUCCACGCUGCACGGACAGCACAGCUCCAGCCCAGACGUGGUCCUGCUUGGUAACAACAGCGAAGAAACAACCCACCCUGACCUCGGCCUAGCAGGGCUCGGCUAAAGCUGCUUCGUUCUACAACUGUUAAAAGAACAGCUGCCUCCCUAAGAACAGGGAGCGAGUCUAUCAAGGUACAAGACUUCCAGGAGAUGUCACUGAACUUAACACUGGA